CAACCACUCGCCAGCAGCCCUCACCCACAAUCAAUCUAUCUUCAAAAACCACCACGAGACAAAAGGAGAAAAGCACACAGUUAGGCUGGCCCUACGCUGUACGGAACAAUAAUUGUACUUCCUUCCACCACCACAAAGCGUAUCUGCCAAUCGGGACCUGGUGCUUACACCCUCGCCACAGACCUUCUCCUCGACCUCCGCAAGACAACUCAUAUCCGAAGCAAUUAUAGUCAAGAUGGCGAACGGAUGGAGCAUCAUCAUCGGCCUCAUCGUCGUCGUCAUCGCCUCUGUCUUGGCGUGGAUCUUCAGCCCCAAGGGCGAGAAUCAGACUGUGUUCAGAAGUACCCUGAUCUUAUCCUUCGUAUGCUGUUAUCUGAUGUGGGCGAUCACGUUCCUCGCGCAGUGGCAUCCGCUCAUCACGCCUAAGAGGUCGGAUAUUCGGCCUGAUCGGGUGCCUGAGUAAAUCCCUCUUGGACUUGCGAUCUUGUUUUUGUGUUGAAGGGGUGUAAGCUCGGGAUGUGAGGCCUUUGUAUGAUGUGUGUCGAGGUGGAUCGGCAGGGUGGGUGCCUAGAAGUGUUGGUGAUAUGCUACGUACGGGCCCGUCUUGGCUUGGUUGGCCGGGAGGGUUGGAUGGGAUUAUACCCCCGUGGAUUCUGCAAGGGAUUUUCUCAUGUUUCUCGAACGUUCUGUAUAGUUGGUUUUGUUUGUUGGCACGGGCGAAGGUUGUUUUGAGUUAUGCGGAUUCGCGAAUUGCAUCAUGAUUGUAUCCUACAUUUUUCUUCUCUUGGGAGGGGGGGAGUUAUAUGUAUGUUGCGUAUACGGAGGUGGAGGUAGAGGAGCUAAAAGAUAAG